CACCACAUCGCAUCAGGUUGGGACCAAGGAACGGGACCGAUAUUCGAAUUUCGUUCGAAUUUCAUUAUUUCAUUAAUAGCGAACGCGCGUGCAUGCGACUGUGACGCCUCAGAAUAUUUAUUGUACGCGGUGAACGGCAUUCGAAAAUGAUCUUAAACUGAGUUAAAUUGGGUUUAAUAAAAGUGCACCGGUAAUUUGCAGAUAUAAAUUAUAUCAAAAAUGGGCUUUAUAUUAUAUUCGAUGGGAUUUUUGGCUUUCACGGCUAUUUUAUGGAACGUAAGCUCGGUCGCCAGAUAUGUGCUAAAAUUCCUCCUAUUCGCCGUUUUGAGCAUGAUUUUCGCCUGUGCUCCCAUACCAAUUAUGCUGCUAAAUCCAAGAGAUAGCAAAAACGCUUUGAUUCCAGCGUAUUUGCUUAGAAUUAGCAGAAAACUUUUCGGCCUAGAAUACUCAGUAGAAGGCGUUGAAAACGUUGUAAAAGGCAGCGGAUCUGUUGUUUUAAUCAAUCAUCAAAGCGCUCUUGAUCUAAUAAUUCUUGCUUAUCUCUGGCCUCUAAUGCCGAAUUCUACUGUGAUAUCGAAAAAAGAAAUAUUCUACUUUCAACCGUUUGGAUUGGCUUCAUGGCUGUGGGGCACUAUUUUCAUAGAUAGAGUCAAUGCUAGAGACGCUCAAUCAGCAGUUAACAAAACUGGCGAAACGAUUAGGAAAAGACAAGCUCGCGUUCUAAUGUUUCCAGAAGGUACAAGAAACGGAAAGAAAGAAUUACUGCCGUUUAAAAAAGGAGCGUUCCAUUUGGCAGUCGCCUCCAAGGUGCCCAUUCAGCCAGUAGCAGUUUCCAGGUAUUCGUUCUUGGGAAAAUUCAGAUUCGAUUCAGGUAACGUGAAGAUCCGAAUUCUUCCGGCUAUUCCGACCGAAAACUGCACAGCAGAAGAUAUUCCGAGAUUGAUAGAUGAAACGCACAAGAUUUUAUCGGAAAACGUGAACCAAGUGUCUUCAUCUAUCGAAGUAAACGGUACAGCUAGGUAGAUUAAGGUGUAAUGAGUUUAAUCUAAUCGAAAUACGCCUAUCUUUCUAAGAAUCUUCUACCAAAGUAAUUUAUUGUGAUAAAAUUAAUGCUUCCCCACGUUGGAAAAAGCAAUGUCUAAUGUUGUAUAGCCGUUUAGAUGCCAAUGGAAGGUAUAGAGUUGCAUUGGAAGAAUGCAUAAAUUUUAAUGAUAUCAGUGUAAUUAAAGAACAAAUUAGGAGCGCACGUGCAUAGUUAAGAUUAAUUUGGAUACUCGGAGGAAAUAAUAAAUUAAUUGCAUACAUAUAUCAAAGGUUUAGCAGGUAUCAACCGUAAAUUCGACUUAAUAAAAUUAUCAUAUUGAAAAAAUGCGUUUUCCGACUUGCCAUUAAAUAGCGUUAAAUAAUUUAAUAGAUAUUUUAUUAUUCAACGAUAAUUAUACCUAACAUUCUAGUAAUUCUUGUAAUUGCACCUGCAAUAAAUUAUAAUGCCAGAAAGAUAAUACUUUUAAGUCACAAACAUUAAACCGUCUACGACAAUCUUAUCGAUAUUAAAGUUAUUGUCGCAGAAUUAACCGUGACUGAAAUUCGUAAUGUUUAGAAUAAUAAAAUAAAUUUAUUUGGCUAUUUAAGGCAAAGAAAAAUGUCAUUUUUAUUUUAAAUGGUAUAAUAUUCCAAUGAGUUCUAAUUUUGUCUUCUAAUGGCUCAAUUUUUCAUUCCAUUAUUAUGUAGGAUUAAGUGUUUGUUGGUUUCACUUAGGCUAAUUUGUGAUUUAUUUUGAGCUGUAAAGCUAUCACUAUUACAGCUUGUUUUACUGUUUUACUGUUACUCUGUUAUAAAAUUAAAAUAAUUCAUAUUUAAAAUGUAAAGUCUCAAAAAAAUAUUUUUCUAUUGUCAUCAGCACAAAAUCAAUAAUCUUCUAUCGAUUAUUAUAGGUGUAGAUUACAUCAUCCUAAAUAUUUUUAGUUGUGACUGAUGUGAACUCACAACUAUCCGUUAUUUUCAAUCAAGUGUAGGUAUUAAAUAUGCAAAUAUUUGGUCGUAAUGUUUAAAAUAACAAUGAAAACAGAUAAUCCCGACCGACCUGUUGGACCGACUGAUUAGUUAAAUAAGUUUGUACCUAAUUUACGUUGUCAAGAUAAUUUUAUAGUAUUUUGUCCUCCCUUAAGAACAUCGCUGAUUGUACUAACUUGUUUUUAUUAAUAAAAUAUGGCAAAAUUA